GCCAUGUGGCCUCUCUUCUUUAACUCUAGGCUGAGCCGUUGGCCUGAAUCCGGCUCAAGAAGCAAUCUGAGGAAUCUUGAAUCAGAAAAUCUCCAGGCGUUUUACAUUUCUCUCCAAAAAGGAAACGAAGAAAUAAAGAAAACAAGCUUCAAACAAGAAGGUGAAAAAUCACGAUCGCCAGCCAUGAAGAGCGACCGUCGUUUUACUCUCCUCCUCCUCCUGCUUUUCUUGAUAUCAAUAACAGUUCACACAGAAGCCGAAGUCAUAACCCUAACCCCCGACACCUUCUCCGACAAGGUAAAGGAGAAAGACACGGCGUGGUUUGUGAAAUUUUGUGUUCCUUGGUGUAAGCAUUGUAAGAACUUGGGGACGUUGUGGGAUGACUUAGGGAAGGCAAUGGAAGGAGAAGACGAAAUAGAGAUAGGAGAAGUUGAUUGCGGUGUGAGCAAACCUGUAUGCGCUAAAGUAGAUAUUCAUUCAUACCCCACUUUUAAGCUCUUUUAUGAUGGAGAAGAAGUUGCUAAAUAUCAAGGGCCAAGGGAUGUUGAAUCACUGAAAACAUUUGCCGUUGAAGAAGCAGAAAAGGCUGCAGAAAACGCACAGCUAGGCAUUGAUAAAGAGUUAUGAUCAUUUCAAAGAAUAGUUUGUAAAUGUCACUCAGGGAAAUUGAUUUCAAAUACGUACUGGAAUUCAGUAUGUUCUUGGAUUGUUGAUCAGUAUAUUAUCAUCCGAUGCAGAGACUAGACUUCCGAGCAGAAACAGGGUUUGGGUCGCUGUUCACAACAGGAUGCUUAAAUUUUGAAGACACCCCAACUCACACAUGAUAUGCUGGGCUGUACUGGAUUGUAUCACGAAUAUGAUGUUUUUAUGUAAUUUCUGCAUAUUUCUAGCCAGAUGCAGGACUAAUCUCGUGGGCAUGGCAAUGGCUUGUUUUUACACUGAAUGUUGGCAUGUUUUGAGCUAGUUGUGCAUGGUCUGGGUAUGAGCAUCUUAAUUUUAGUAAAUCAAACCAAUUUUUAUAGGCAGGAUAAAA